GUUUUGGCGGUGGAAAUGUUUUGAGCCAGUGAUGGACUCAGUCUUACAGUUCAUGUCAGAAUUUUGAAUUUAGAUGGACUACCAUCCUCUCCAUCAGAUGGCUAUGCCAGAUGUCACAUUAUCAAUGUAUUACCACACUGAGCUGGUCAGCUUCAUACAUUCCUGGCACGAUUACAGACUGUGUUCAAUGUUCCAUUGCCGGCUAGACUGUAUGAAGCCGAGGUCUUUAUCAAAACCACCAGUACAAAGGAGUUGAGAAAUGUCUUGCCAAUGUUGUUGGAGAACAUCUUUGGUUUUGGCAAUGAGCCAGGCUGGGGUUUGGAGAGACUGACCAUGUCGUACCACCGGCAGGAGUUUGAGUAUGGGAGACGUUUCUUCUCACCCGAAGGCUCUCUACUGAAGGCCAUCUAUGCUUUACAGUCUGAUCCCUACCUUACCUAUGAAUUCCCUCUCUCUUGUCUCCCGAGCCCAACAAGGCAUUCCCUAGAGCAGGGUGGUCUCCCUUUGUUCCUGGUGAACAAGCUGCAGUCCUCUAACAUGGGCCGUUCUGUCCUCAGUCUGGGUGCGUUCGAGUUUUAUCUGUUUCACUUUGCCUUCUUUCUGGUGAACAAUCAGUGGCAGAAGCCCUCUGUGAGCUGGAACAACCUGAUGGACUUUCUGUACCCAGUCCUCGUUGAGGACUACCUCCAUUAUUAUCUCCCUUUAGAGAAGUCAGCAUUGACCAGCAGGUGCCCCAUCCCUGCUCCUGUCAGAUCACCAGUUGUCUCCCCUGUCUCUGUGGCGUCUGGGCCUGUGCCAGGGUUUUCCCCUCCCAUGUCACAUUAUAGCCCCAAAUCUCCACGUAGCAGCCUGCUUCGACCUUCUCUUAACUCCUCACUCCACCAGCAAAGUUUUUCUGACCAGCCAGUUAUAGACCAGGGAGAGACAGAGGUGUGGAGGUGUCACACUGUGGUACAGGUUUUCACAGAGUUUUGGUUAAAUCAAAAUUCCCUGGAAGAGGACAGACAUGGGAUCCUGCAGUCAUCUAAUCCAAUGGCAGAUGAGGACCCUUUUGCAUACCUGUUUGAGCGGUUCCUGCCCACUGCUAACCACAUGAGGAUUGCCCGCACCUUUGUCAAGUACAUCCACUUCUUUGCUAAUAGCGCCUCCCCAGAGGUUAUCUCUCCAUAUCAACCUCCUGCUGUCAACCCUCUUGACAAGUUCAAAAGGUGUGUCCGUCAGCAAGUCAUACGGAAAAAACUGUACUCCUUUCUACGACAUGCCUUUGACAGAUGGCCCCUGGACUCCUCAUUUAGACUAGUGUUGGAGACUUGGCUAAGUUACAUCCAACCCUGGCGUUACAGUGAUCUCACCCAAAUCAACGCUAGUCUGGAGAGGCUGCAUGAACAAGAUGACAAACAGAUUGACGAGCGAUGGUCAAAGUUUAUUCAUGAGAACCUGUUGUUCUACACAGUGCUGUGGAGACAGUUCUUCCCACACGUGUUCCGUAUGGACCUGACAUCUCCCUUCAGUUCCUACAUGCUCUACAGAGUUGUCAAGGUUUUGUCAUCACCGAAUCUGACAAACAUCAUAGAACAAGCGGAGGGUUUGCUAUACGACAGUAUCACACCAUUCAGCCAUGUCCCCAUGGGCUCGGAUCUGGGAGGCAGUUUUCUGGCUCUGGACCGUGGUAACCUGGGUGCCCUGAUCCACCAGCAGCUGUCAGAGCUGGAGAGACCAGGAUUUGUCUACCAGCCCAUGUUUGGGGAGGACACGCUCCAUAAGGUGGGUGUCCUGGUGCGACAGAUCAUGAGCGCCCACUCUGCCGUCAAAGCCCUUCAGGACCAGGCUGCCUCCUCCUCGUCUAAGGGCUGGUUCUCUUGGCUUAACUUCUCCCUGUUUGACAGCUCUAAGGCAUACGGCGAUCUCACCAAGGGGGAGGUGAAGAAGCUGGACAUGCACCUUAACUACUCACUGACCAAACUGUGUGAGAUGUACCAGCUGAAGAUUCCAGAUGAAAACACACAAGACAACUCUCAGACCAGCGCUGACUUCUCCUCUGCUCACUUGCACAGUCCAGCCAACUCCUGCAUCCCUGACAUGGAGGAGACAGAGGAUGGCUAUCGCUUAACUCCCCUUGGCAGAUAUCAGAUCAUAAACAAGAAGCUUCAGUUUGAUCACUACUAUGACAGGGACCCAGCGGAACAGCUGAUCAAGAGUUACGAGAAUGUCACCCUGGUGCGAUUGUUACACAGAUUUUGUUCUUAUGUCAAUACCCAGUUUGGCAGUGAGAUAAGGAGGUGGUGUGAACGGAAUGACCUCCUCGGGAGCAUGGCCUGCGUCUACUUUGCCCCACCCAUUGCCCCAGAUCAGGAAAUCCGCUCCCCAUUGUCGCGGGAACUGAAGGAGAAACUGUCACAGCCACGGCUGAACCUGAGGUUUCUGGCCAACUACAGGAACAUGAUGACUCUGGCCAUCGGCUAUCUUCUCAUUCAUUUCGCAUUCGGAUACGGACCUGUUGGUUUCCUGUUUGUGGUUUUGCUUUUCACUUUCAUGGUUGGCUUCUUUAAGGCACUACUGAAGCCCAGAGCAGUGAAAUUAAAGCCACAUUGAAGUGUGUGCAUUUGUUCUGUUGGGCAUAAUGUUGAAUUUGAAAACAUAACAGUGUUCCAAUGAAAUUGUGCUGCUGUUGUACUUGCCUACUCAUAUCGGCCUUCGGUUUCCAUCGGACAAAAACACCUUUGUAAGGACUGUCAGGUAUGAGGAGCUAUCACCACUAAUGUCAUUAUGAACUUGUACAGCCUGUCAGACAAAUACGCCUUGGUAAGGAUUGCCAAGUUUCAGGAUGAGCUACACAAUACUAAGGCCAUGAUGUAUACUCCUCACAUCACAUGCGUGGCUCUCUACCUUUCGCUUUACAUCACUGCCACCAAUAGCAAAUUUUGUACAGAAUUCUUGAACAGGGUUACGUUGAUGAAGCAGGAAGUGAUGUGAGAAAACACAAACAAUCCGUCUCAGCCUUUGUCUCUAAUAAUACUUCAUACACAUGCAUUCUCUAGAGUGUUUACAUGAUUCUAAACCUAAAACAAUUUUAUUGAGGAAUGCUGAUCAAAUAGUUCCGCGGGAAGACAUAGGUGAUGAGGCUAAACCUAAACAAGCCUAAUUGCGUCUCACUGACUUCAAAGGACAGGCUUGUCUAUUGGUGGCAGUGGUAUAAAGCGAAAUGCAGAGAGCACAUUUUGCAUGAUAUCUUGUUUCAUGCACGUCUCAAAAUAAUGUAAGACUUUAUUGAAAUCCGCGGAUAUUAAGUCAAGCGAACUAAGCAAUGAUUUGGUAUUGUUACCAUUAAGGUUCACAGAUCUGGUUUAGAUAUCAUAUGAGACGUAUUUAAAGUAAGACAUUCAUGUAUAUAGAAGACAAGAAGUUAAAUUUUUAAAUUGCUACUAGCGGUUUUCCUACCUUUGUUUAGAGAUCUCGCUGUUCUCUGCAGGGUUUAGCAUGUACGCGUUGAGUCCUUCACAUGUAUAUACUUGUACAUUACAUUUUGACUUCAGUUUUGUAAAGAUAUCCAUGGUGCUAUUAAAUAUAAUCAU